AUGGAGGAAAAUCAACCACACUGCCACACUGAAUUAUCCCCACUUAUAAAAUCUUCUCUUCCAGCUGACUUGGAAUUCCUCAAGGCGGUGGAACAUUACAGCCUACGACGAGAACGAGUCUUCAGAGACCGCCUUAACCCUCUGGAUAUCAGCGACGACCUCCUCUUGACGCACUACCGGCUGCCGCGUCACGAAAUCCUCCAGCUGUGUGAGGAGAUUGGCCCACACAUACACCGGCCCACAAACAGAGCUCAGGCCAUUCCAGUCCACACACAGGUCUUGGUCGCCCUGCGCUUCUAUGCCAGUGGAAAAUUUCAGAAUGUCGUGGGCGAUGCAGCCGGCAUCAGCCAGUCGUCAAUUUCCAGGGUGAUAAAGGGUGUCACGGAGGCUCUGUUCAACAAGGCAAUACGGGAUAUCAAGAUGCCCCAAGACCAGCAGGCGCUCAUGCAAACCAAGCAGGGUUUUUACGCUCUCCACGGCUUCCCUUCUGUCAUCGGGGCAAUAGACUGCACGCACAUCCCUAUCAAAGGGCCCACAAAUCCCAUCCCCUUCAUGAACAGGCAGAGCAGGUUCACCCUCAAUAUACAAGUUGUGGCAGACUCGAAGAUGAAGAUCAUAAGCUUCUGUGCAAGAUUUCCCGGAAGUGUUAAGGACUCCUACAUAUGGGGGCAGAGUAUCCUGAGACAGCAGUUUGUGGGAGGCCAGUUCGGGGAAUCGCUACUUCUUGGUAAGUAA